UCCCGGAAGCCACGGAGAAGCGCCUCUGGGAGGAAUGUAACAAGGGAAGUUGUGUUUAGGAAGAGAGGAACUAUGGCUACAGCAGCGAGCCUGAGUCUUAUGAAGUCUGGAGAUCUGAUCAAGAAAGAGCCUUUGGAUUACGGAGGGUUUGGGGAGGUUUACCUGUGUUACCACAAAACCCUGGGCCAGGUGGUGCUGAAGACGGUCUACACCGGCCCUCCGCGCAACGGCCGGCAGAAGCAGUCUCUUCUGGAUGAAGGCAGUCUGAUGAGCAGGUUAAGCCAUCAGCGAGUGGUCAAGCUGCUGGGGGUUAUUCUGGAGGACGGAGACUAUUCUUUAGUCAUGGAGCUCAUUCCUAAAGGAAACCUGCUCACCAUGCUGGAGACGGUAACUGGUGAAAUAUACAUGAAGUUGCAUACAUUUUUAUCUGUCCAGAAUGUCCAAAAACGCAUUGAUUGUGUCAAAACAGGGUUAGCCCUUGUGCAUCCGUUUAAAAAGGUUAAACAGAGCUCCUUAGCUGACGAAAUAAUCGCGGAUCUGGGUCUGGCCACGUCUCAGAUGUGGAGCAAGCUGACGAAAGAGGAGUCUCGCAGACAGAGUCGUCUGGGCAAGAAGUCGUAUGCCAGGAGUGAAGAUCAGAUCUGCCACUGUGUGUGUCAGGGUGAGCGUCCCGACGAAGCGCUGAUCCCUCGAGACACUCCUCGAGACAUCGUCGAGCUCAUGAAGACGUGCUGGAAUGAAGACCCUCGAGACCGGCCCACAUUUAAAGGAGAAGCUGGCAGCAAAUGUAAAAGCAGAUUUGGAAAAGACUCUCCAGGGCCCUUGAGGAGCUCAGACAUCGGUCCGGUGGAGGCCAGCAUUGAAGACCUCAGCUUCAGGACCCCCGAAGAGUCUCUGCUGGAGGUGGACGCCGCGCCUCCCAGCUCUCCCAAUCUGGAGCUCAAACUGGCACAAGAGUACAACUACCACAAAUACGGCAGUCGGAUAGUGGAUCAGCCGGACGCCAGCCUUUAUAACCCGCUCCCGCAGCAGCCAGCCAGCAGCAGGUGGGCCGGAGAGGCUUCUUCUGUCAAGUCUUGGACUAAACCCGCCGCUUACCCAAACCCAAACCCAGAGGAAGAGCUCCAUCCGAGACCUGCAAGCUCGUUUGAGGGUUUGCACAGGCCAGACCUGGCGAGUCAGCUCUCGGUGCCGUAUUCUGACUACGACCGACUUCAACAUCCACUGUACAAUCGCAUCAAGUCCUGUCCUGAUGGUGCAUCUCCUGCAGCCGAGUCGUUCAUGCUGGAUUCACAGCCUGGCCUGCGUUUCUCGCCCGUCGUGUGUCCUCCGUCUGACUCGGGGUGGCCUGUGGCCAUCUCAAAUGCCAGUGCAAUUCAAAUCGGGAGUUACAACACGAUGAAUUUGCGAGUCUCUGAUAACAGCUCCUUGAGCUCGUUAUCCGCUGGAUCCAUCAACAGAACCAGAUAUAAUGAGCUUCUAAUGACGUACGAGGAGUAUACGGUCACUGAGAACCACCUGGAGGUCGUGCGUCACAAC